CGCUCUCGCCCGCCGCCGCGGAGCUGUCCAAGCCGGCGAGGGGACAGAAAGCCCCUGGGCCGCCUCGCUGCCUCCCGCCUCCCUUGAGGCCGAGCCGAGGGGCGGGGGUCGCGCCCGCCCAGCGGAGCCAUCGCCAUGAAGCUGGAGGUGUUCUCGCAGCACUACGAGGACAAGCUGAGCACCGGCAGCGACCAGGAAGGCAGCGGCUCGCUCUCCCCGGCUCCGGCGGAGAGCGAGCUGGGCUCGGACGGUGACUGCGCGGCCAACAGCCCAGGCGGCGGGGCCGGGCGAACGGGGCAUCCCCCGCCGCCGCCCCCCACGCCGCAGCCCCCGCCACCGCCGCCGGCCGAGAGCGCCAAGGGGAAACCCUACACGCGGCGGCCGAAACCGCCCUACUCCUACAUCGCGCUGAUCGCCAUGGCCAUCCGCGACUCGGCCGGUGGCCGCCUGACCCUGGCCGAGAUCAACGACUACCUGAUGAGCCGCUUCCCCUUCUUCCGCGGCGCCUACACCGGCUGGCGCAACUCGGUGCGCCACAACCUCUCCCUCAACGACUGCUUCGUCAAGGUGCUGCGCGACCCGGCGCGGCCCUGGGGCAAGGACAACUACUGGAUGCUGAACCCCAGCAGCGAGUACACCUUCGCCGACGGCGUCUUCCGCCGCCGCCGCAAGCGCCUCAGCCGUGCCGCCCCGCCGCCGCAGCCCGCCCGCCCCGCCGCCGGCGCCCCGCCGCAAGUGCCGCAGGAGGCGGCCGGAGCGGGCGCCGCGUCCCCCGGCGCUUCCCCGCGCUGCUGCUGCGCCUCCUCGCCCUGCCGCUGCGCGCCGGGCGCCAAGGAGGCAGCGCCGGGGGGCGGCGGGGCGAGGCCGGCGGGCGGCGGAGCCGCCAAGUUCUCCAGCUCCUUCGCCAUCGAGAGCCUCCUGCAGCGGCCGGCAGGACCCCGCGCCGCCCCGCAGCCGCCGCCGCACGCCCGCCUCCUGUGGCCGGCGCCGCCCGCGCCCCCGCACCUGCUGCCCGGCCCCUUCCCGCUGCUCCCCUACCCACCUGCCGCGCAGCCCCCGCCCGCCGCCGCCCUCUACGGCGGGGGCCUCCUGCAGCUCUGCGCCUACGGGCUGGCAGAGCCCUCGCCGCCGCCGCCGCCGCCGCCGCCGCCGCUGCUGCUGGGAGGCGGGCGGCCCGCGCUGGCCCCGGCGGAGGCGUCGCCGCUGGCGGAGCGGCCGCGGGCGCCGCUGUUCCACGCCGGCCUCCCCAAGGGCGGGCGGGGGCCGCCGCCCGGCUCCGCGCUCUACGGGCCCCUCCGGCUGGCCGGGCCGCUGCCGCCGGCGGCGGGGGGCUCGGCCUCGUUCCAGCCGUACGCCGUGGAGACCCCCCUGGCUUAAUGGAGCCCCCCUCCUCCCCUGCUCGGGACCUGCUCGGGGAGGCGUGGAGGGGGAACGGAGGAGGCUCUGGAUCCCGCACUUUAACUCCAGAGGCGACCACAGCCUCCAAGCAAAAGCCUCGGUGACUGUGCCUUAGUGAAAUGACAGUGGGUUUAAUUUAAGCCAAAAAAAAAAAAAAGAAAAAGAAAAAAAAAGAAAAA